CGGGCCGGGACCGGGACCGCCCCUGGCCCGCGGGGACUCGGAUCCGGGAUCGGGAUCGGCACCGGGAUCGGGAUCAGCACCGGGAUCGGGAUCGGCACCGGGAUCGGGAUCAGCACCGGGAUCGGGGACCCCCGGCACCGGGAUCGGCACCGGGAUCGGCAUCGGGAUCGGCACCGGGAUCGGGGACCCCCGGCCCGGCUGCGGACCCCGGAGCGGCUCCGGCCGAUGCGGGGACAUUCCCUGGGACAUUCCCGGGGACCGGGACACCCGCCGGGAAUCACCGGAGCGGCAGCGGGCUCGGGCCGGUGACCUCGGUGGCCCCGGAAAGAGCCCGCACCUUCCUCCUCAUCCUCCUCCUCCUCGGCCCCAACUUCCUCUUCCUCCCCCGGGCGCGGGACUGUUGGGCGGCCGCUGCUGGCACACGGCAGGGACAUCCCGGCGCUGACGGAAUUCCCGGGACACUCUUGGGACCACCGACAGAAUUCCUGGGACGCUCUUGGGAUUGAGAAAAUUCCUGGGACGCUUCUGGGACUGAGAAAAUUGCUGGGACACUUUUGGGACACUCUUGGGACUGAGAAAAUUCCCGGGACACCCCUGGGACAUCCCCGGGACCGCCGGAAUUCCCGGGACACUUUUGGAAUUCCCGGGCCACUUUUGGGACUCCCGGGCCGGCGCCAGCAGCCCCGGCGAGGUGAGGAAGCCCCGUUCCUGUCCCGCUUUCCGGGGCCAUGUUCUUCCUACCCUGGAGGAGGAGGAAGCGCCCGGAGAAUCCCCCCGGAGCCGCCGGGGCCCGGCAGCCGCAGCCGGGGGAGUUUUCCACCCGGUCCCGGUACCGGCGGAGCUGGCAGGGAUGGACCCGGCUGUGCUGGCAGGACGGGAUGCGGCAUUCCCGAGGAGCCGGGGACACCGGGAGAGAGUCCGGGAUAGCGGGAGAGGCGGGAGACCGGCCCGGGUGGGAGCAGGUGAACGGGAAAGAGCCGGGGAGCCUCCGGACCGGCGGAGCCCGGCAGGAGCAGCCGGAGGUGAGGAGCAGCCCCAGCGCGAUCCAAGCCCUCGGGAAGGACUUUGGGGACAAGGCCGGUGUCCCACGCCAAGCCAGGAACAAAGGGAUGGAUCGGCCUCGGCGUCGGGCCCCGCAACCACCCCGGGCUGGGAGCAAGGAGGAUGAGGAGGGAAAGCCCAGUGGGAAUUCCCAGAGCCAGGAGAAGGACAUGGACAGUGGCACCCGGAAUGGGAAUGUGCCAAGGGAAGGGAUGGAUCGGCCUCUGCUCCUGCCCUCGUUCAGGGUUGUCAGCAGGGAGGGUGAGGAGGGAGAGCCCAGCGGGAAUUCCCAGAGCCAGGACACCUGGAAUGGGAAUGUGCCAAGGGAAGGGAUAGAUCGGCCCCUGCUCCUGCCCUCGUUCAGGGUUGUCAGCAGGGAGGGUGAGGAGGGAAAGCCCAGCGGGAAUUCCCAGAGCCGGGAGAAGGACAGUGGCACCCGGAAUGGGAAUGUGUCGGGGAAAGGGAUGGAUCGGCCCCUGCUCCUGCCCUCGUUCAGGGUUGUCAGCAGGGAGGGUGAGGAGGGAAAGCCCAGCGGGAAUUCCCAGAGCCAGGAGAAGGACAGUGGCACCCGGAAUGGGAAUGUGCCAAGGGAAGGGAUGGAUCGGCCCCUGCUCCUGCCCUCGUUCAGGGUUGUCAGCAGGGAGGAUGAGGAGGGAAAGCCCAGCGGGAAUUCCCAGAGCCGGGAGAAGGACAGUGGCACCCGGAAUGGGAAUGUGUCGGGGAAAGGGAUGGAUCGGCCUCGCCGUCGGGCCCCGCUCCCACCACCCCGGGCUGGGAAAUGUGAGGAUGAGGAGGGAGAGCCCGGUAGCAAUUCCCAGAGCCGAGAGAGGGGCACUGCCACUGCCUUCCAGAACGGGAAUGUGCCGAGGGAAGGGAGGGAUCGGCCCCCGCCCCCACCCCGGGCUGGGAGCAGGGAGGGUGAGGAGGGAGAGCCUGGCAGCAAUUCCCAGAGCCGGGGGAAGGUCAUGGACAUGGACAAGGACAGUGCUACUGCCUUCCAGAACGGGAAUGUGACGGGAGAAGGGAUGGAUGAGCCCGUGUGCGUGCCCUCGUUCACGGUUAUCAGCAGGGAGGGUGAGGAGGGAGAGCUGAGUGGGAAUUCCCAGAGCCGGGACACCUGGAAUGGGAAUGUGCCGAGGGAAGGGAUGGAUGAGCCCGUGUGUGUGCCCCCGCUCUGGGUUGAGGAGGGAGAGCCCAGCAGCCAUUCCCGGAGCCGGGGGAGGGACACGGACGCUGCCCCCACCCCCGGAAGGGACAGACGGACGGAGCCUCUGUCCGGAGAGGAGCGCAGGGAGUGGCUCUGGCAGAGGCUGCGCAGGCUGGGAGAGGACAUGGAGGGCUGGGAAGGGAAGCCCACGGCGGAGCUGGCGGCCGGGCUGGCGCGGCGCAUCACGGGGACGCCCCCCGGCCGCUACCCCGCGGAGCCGGGCACCGAUAGCGCCCGGCGGGAGCGGGGCUCCGGAGCCAGCCCCGACCACGGCGAUCCCGGCAGGAUUUACCGGAGCCUCCUUGGAAUGCUGAGGGCCAGCGGGAGCACCGAGAGCACGGAGGAGGACUCGGGCUUGGGUUCGGGCUCAGGAUCGGACCGGGAGCAGAGCUCAGGAGCCAGCCGGGAUCGCGACACUCCCAGCGUGAAUUACGGGAGCCUCCUCGGAAUGCUGAGGGCCGGCGGGAACGCUGAGGGCACGGAGGAGGACUCUGGCUUGGGCUGGGAGCAGAGCUCAGGAGCCAGCCCAGACCACAGCGCUCCCGGCAGGAAUUUCGGGUGCUUUAUCGGAAUGCUGAGUGCCAGUGGGAACGCCGAGAACGCGGAGGAGGGCUCGGAGCAGGAGCAGGCUGCCGUGAAGGUCGGCCGCGAGUGGGAUCCCAACCGCCUGGACCGGCGAUUCCAGGAGGUGUGGGCGCGCUCCUGGCUGGACUGCGGGCGGGUGGCCAAGGAGGAGAAGCUGGACGGGGGCCCGGUGCCCUUCCAGCCGCAGCGCCGGCUGCGCCCGCACGAGGAGCAGCAGGUGGCGGAGCUGCUGGAGGAGUACCUGCGGGAGGGAAUCGUGGUGGAGGGCACCUCCAUAUCCAACAAUCCCUUGAUUCUCUACCAAAAACCGCACGGGCGCGGCGCCCGCCUGAGCCUGGACUGCACCGCCCUCAACGCCGCCACUCCCGUGGAGCCCCAGGAGCCGCUGGACCGGGACAGGAUCCUGACCUCCAUCAACCCCCGGAGCCGCUUCUUCUCCGUGCUGGAUUUGUCCAACGCCUGCCUCGCCAUCCCGCUGGCCCCCAGCUGCUGGGGCCGCUUCGCCUUCACCUUCGGGGACCGGCAGUUCCUGUUCACGCGGCUGCCGCCCAAAUUCCACGGCACCAGCUCCAUCCUGCAGCGCCGCGUGGCCGCCAUGCUGGCCCAGCUGGAGCCCGACGCCGCCCGCGGCGUCUUCCACUACUCCGACGACAUCCUGAUCACCGGGAAGCGGCGGCGGCAGGUGCGGUUCCGGACGCGCCGCGUGUUGGAGCUGAUCCAAAAGACCGGCUUCAAAGUGAACCGGGACAAGGCGCAGCUGGUGCAGCCCGAGGUGAAUUACCUGGGCCUGACCCUGAGCGCCUCGGGGCGCCGCGUGCAGCAGGAGAAGCUGCUGCAGAUCUGCGGGGACUGCGACGCCGCCGGGCCCUGGGAUCCCACCCGGCUCCGCUCCGUCCUCGGCAAGUUCAACGAUUUGAAGGAAUUCAUCCCCGACUAUUUGGAGCUGGCGCUGCCGCUUCAGAGGCUGGCGGCGCCGGGGAAGCGGGAAUGGGAGCAGGAGCGGGAGUGGCAGCGGAGAUGGGAACGGGAAGGGGGCCGGGAGCAGCUGCAGCGGCUGAAGGAGGCUCUGAAGGCGGCGCCCGCCCUGCUCUUCCCGAAUAAAUCCCAGCCCUUCGUGAUCCGGCUGUCGGUGCACGAGCAGACGGUGGGAGCCGUGCUGCUGCAGGAGAAGGAGGGGACGCUGCGCCCGGUGCGACACUGGUCCAGCAGGCUCAGAGGCCAGGGCUGGGCCCCGUGGGACGCCUGGUGCCUGGCGGCCGUCUGGGCUGUGCAGGCCUUCCAGAAACUCACGGGGCCGGAUCCCAUCCUCAUCCGGGGGCCCGACGGGCGUUACCUGCUCCGGGGUGAGCCGCUGCUCAAUGGAUACUCCGGUAACCCCGAGCUCCCGGAGCGAUGGAGGCUGCUGGUGACCACCAAGGGCCCGGAGCUGCAGGAAUCCCAAACCGUGUCGAUCCCGCUGGCCCCGCAGCUCAGGCAGCUGCCUCCCGACAUUCCCAAUGCCAACGUCUGGUUCCUGGCCCUGGAGAGGGGAUGGUCCGGAAAACCGACCGUGGCCUUUGCCGCCGCCAGCCUGGAGGAGCGGUGGCUGCUGGGGCUGCGGCAGGGCCCCGAGGAGGAGGAGGCGGCGCUGGAGGCGCUGCGGGAGCUGCUGGAGCAGCACCGGAGCCGUCGCCCGCUGUUCCUCUAUUCCAGCUGCCCCAGGCUGGCGGCGAGGCUGCAGCAGCCGGAGCCGGAUUGGAGCUACGGUGACGACGCGGGGACCGAGGUGCUGCGGUGGCUCCGCUCCUUCCCGGGAAUGCUGCACAUCCGCCAGGUGGGAACGCGCGGCAACGCGGCGCCGGAGGAGCGGAGAUGGAUGCGGGCGGUGAGCGCCAGAGCCAGGGGUGUGAGAGCCAGGGGUGCGGCCGAGAAUUCCGCGGGCAUCUGGAAAGCCUGGGAGCCGUCGGCGUCCGAGCGGCGGGAGAUCGUGGCGCGGUGCCACCGCCACCGCCACGACGGCGAGGCGGGCACGCUGCUCCGCGUGAGGAACGUGCGGCCCUGGGAGAACGACGCCGAGGACGUGACCCGCUGGGUGCGGCGCCGCCCCGAGUGCCAGUGCUGGGAUCCCGAUCACGACCCGGCCCCGCAGCGGGAGGAGGGCCCCUGGUCCCGGCUGCGGAUCAGCAUCUGCUCGCUGCUGCCGGUGAGCCCCGAGGGGUUCCGGGCGCUGCUGCUGGUGCAGGGACGAGCUGUCGGGCUGGCUGGACGCCUUCCCGCUGCGGGAGCCGGCGCAGCCCGAGGUGUGCCAGGUGUUGCUGCGGGAGGUGUUCGGGCGCUUCGGGAAGGUUCAGGCGGUGCUGCUGGAGCCCAGACCCACCUGGCUCUGGCAGCUGCUGCAGCGCCCGCCCCUCCUGGCCCACCGGGGCCGCCUGGAGCAGGCGGGGCCGGGCGGGGCGGCGCAGGGCGCGGGCAGGGUGGCGCGGGCGCUCGGGGACGGUUGGGCGGCGGCGCUGCCGCUGAUCCGGGCGGGGCUGGCGGCGCGGUGGGUGCGGGAGGAGGAGCUGGGAGCGCUGCUCUGCGUGCCCGGGCUGCCGCUGGAAGUGCGCAGGGAAUGCCGCGGGAACGGGGACGGGGAGGGGGAGGAGAACGAGAUGGUGCGGCUGCGCUCGAUGGAGAUCUGGCCGGGAUUCCGGCGCCAGGUGCAGAACGCGCUCGGGUAGGAGCUGGGAUCGGGAUCGGGAUGGGAACCAAGAGCCAGGAGCUGGGAUUGGGAGCCAAGAGCUGGGAUCGGGAUCUGGGAUCAGGACUGGGAGCUGGGAUCGGGAGCCAAGAGCUGGGAUCGGGAUCUGGGAUCGGGAACCGGGAGCUGGGAUCAGGAGUGGGAGCUGGGAUCGGGAACCAAGAGCUGGGAUCAGGAUCUGGGAUCGGGAACCGGGAGCUGGGAUCGCGAUCUGGGAGCCGGGAUUGGGAUCCAGGAUCAGGAGCCAAGAUCCGGGAGCUGGGAUCAGGAGUGGGAUCUGGGAUUGGGAACCAAGAGCUGGGAAUGGGAGUGGGAGCUGGGAUCAGGAACCAAGAGCCGGGAGCUGGGAUCGGGAUCUGGGAUUGGGAUUGGGAACCGGGAGCUGGGAUCAGGAGUGGGAGCUGGGAUCGGGAUCUAGGAUUGGGAAUCAAGAGCCAGGAGCUGGGAGCCGGGAGCCGGGAUUGGGAUCCAGGAUCAGGAGCCAAGAUCCGGGAGCUGGGAUCAGGAGUGGGAGCUGGGAUUGGGAACCAAGAGCCGGGAGCUGGGAUUGGGAUGUGGGAGCUGGGAUUGGGAUUGGGGUCUGGGAUUGGGAUCCAGGAUCGGAAUUGGGAGCCAAGAUCCGGGAGCUGGGAUCAGGGUCCUGGAGCCAGGAUCUGGAAGUUGGAAUCUGGGAUUGGGAUCCAGGAGCCAGGAUUGGGAUCUGGGAUUGGGAUGUGGCAUCAGGAUCCAGGAUUGAGAUCUGGGAACUGGGAUUUGGGUUCCAGGAGCCAGAAUUGGGAUCUGGGAUCAGGAUCUGGAUCUGAGAUCUCAGAUCAGGAUCCAAGAGCCGGGAUUGGGAUCUGGGAUUGGGAUCUGGGAACUGGGAUUUGGGAUCCAGGAGCCAGAAUUGCGAUCUGGGAUUGAGAUCAGGGAACUGGGAUUUGGGAUCCAGGAGCCAGAAUUGGGAUCUGGGAUUGAGAUCUGGGAACUGGGAUUUGGGAUCCAGGAGCCAGAAUUGGGAUCUGGGAUCAGGAUCAGGAUCCAGGAUUGGGAUCUGGGAUCCGGGAUUGGAAUCUGGGAUUGGGAUUUGGGAUGUGCUGGAGCCAGGCCGCGCUGUGAUCCUGCUGGGUCCCAGCCGGGUCUAAGGGGGUUAGGCUGGCCCAGGAGAUCCGGCUGGGACUCGGGCUGGGUUUAGGCUGGAAGGGAGGUUUAGGUGGGCCCGGGAGCGCUUUCAGGCCUGGGGAGGGUUUUAGGCGGGACUGAGAGGCUUUAGGGAGGGGCUGGAGGCUUGUGGGCAGGACUGAGCAGAGUUUUAGGCCUGGGAGGGGUUUUAGACAAGCCUGAGGUUCUUCUAAGCAGGACUGGGUGGGGUUUUAGGUGGGAUUUGGGACUUUUUAGGACUGGUGAAGAUUUAAGUCAGGCCUGAGGGGCUUUUAGGCCAGGGAGAGCUUUUAGGUGGGGCUGAGACGGGUUUUAGGCUUGGGAGAGCUUUUAGGCUGGACUGAGGGGCUUUUAGAACUGCUGAAGCUUUUAGGCUGGACUGGGACAGGUUUUAGGCUGGACUGGGACAGGUUUGAGGCUGGACUGGGACAGGUUUUAGGCUGGACUGCGACGGAUUUUAGGCUGGACUGGGACAGAUUUUAGGCUGGACUGGGACAGGUUUGAGGCUGGACUGGGACGGAUUUUAGGCUGGACUGGGACAGGUUUGAGGCCGGACUGGGACAGGUUUUAGGCUGGACUGGGACGGAUUUUAGGCUGGACUGGGACAGGUUUGAGGCUGGACUGGGACGGAUUUUAGGCUGGACCGGGACAGGUUUGAGGCUGGACUGGGACGGAUUUUAGGCUGGACUGGGACAGGUUUGAGACUGGACUGGGACACAUUUUAGGCUGGACCGGGACAGGUUUGAGGCUGGACUGGGACAGGUUUGAGGCUGGACUGGGACAGAUUUUAAGCUGGACUGGGACAGAUUUUAGGCUGGACUGGGACAGGUUUAGGCUGGACUGGGACGGAUUUUAGGCUGGACUGGGACAGGUUUGAGGCCGGACUGGGACAGGUUUUAGGCUGGACUGGGACAGGUUUGAGGCUGGACUGGGACAGGUUUUAGGCUGGACUGGGACGGAUUUUAGGCUGGACUGGGACAGGUUUGAGGCUGGACUGGGACAGGUUUGAGGCUGGACUGGGAUGGAUUUUAGGCUGGACUGGGACGGAUUUUAGGCUGGACUGGGAUGGAUUUUAGGCCGGAUUUGGGACCUUUUAGAACUGAAGAAGCUUUAAGUCAGGACUGGGGCACGUUUAGGCCUGGGAGAGAUUUCAGGCUGGACUAAGCCUGGCUCAGCCUCCUGCUCCCCCUGGAAUGUUUCUCGUGGAAUGUUUCCACUGGAAUGUUUUCCCUCCCCCGGGAUUUUUUCUCUGGAAUGUUUUUCCCCUGGAAUGUUUUUCCCCGGGAAUGUUUUCCCUCUGUUUCUGCCUCUCGUUGCCUUCAUUAAAACCGAGUUUAAACUCCA